AUGUCUUCAAUCAACCUAAUAAAGUGUCUGUUCUUAGCAUGUUUUAUAAAAUUCUCAAUUGAACAAGAGUGUGCAGACGGAGAAGAGAUCAUCAUUUCGAAAGAUGUAGCUGAUUUACGAAAAACAUGCAAAGAUGGAACUCUGCAAAUCACCGAAUGUUUGUUUGAUGGUGGAGCAGACAAAGGCGGAUUCAAUGUUGCUGUUAAUCAACAGGCCACUGUUGACAUUUUUACUUAUGGGUAAGUCUUAUGAACGUUGCCCUAGCCCAGAACCCUAGCCAAGAGCUCUAGCCCAGAGCCCUAGCCUAAAGCCCUAACCCAGAGCCCUAGCCCAGAACUCUAGCCCAAAGCCCUAGCCCAGAGCUUUAGCCCAGAGGCCUAACCCAGAGCCCUAGCCCAGACUCUCGUGAAGCCCUAGUUCAGAGCUCUGGUCUAAAGCUUCAACAGUACCUUAUUCCAAGCCUACUCUAUAUGCUGUGUUUUGCCGGACCAGCCCGUAUGUAGUUUCUUUGUUUCUAUCCGAAAUUUUUUGUACUUGAUCUGGUCUAACCGAUCAAUCACUGUCUCUACGUUUAACUAUAAUUUUAAUAUUUUUAGAUGUAUAUUGAAAGAUGACGAGAUUAUUCCAUACGUGACGUCGCCGUUAGGAUCGUUUAACCGUGCACGCAGAUUUUUCAAAUAA